CACCAAUCUUGGUAGUCUAGUUGUUAUUUUGUGCUGGUGCUCACUAGUUGUAUUUUUUAAAAUAUGUAAAUAGUUUAACUUUUUUUAAAUAUAUAAUUAAUUAUAAAAUCCCACAAUACUUCUAGUCAACAUGAAAACUAUUGAAGGGAAAGUUGUAGUUUUAGGAGCCCAAGGAGUUGGAAAAACAAGUUUAGUAGUUCGCUACAUAGGGAAAAUGUUUAGCCACCAUAUCAGUCCAACUAUUGGAGCUUCAUUUUUUACUUGUAACAUUAAUGUCGAUGAUACAAGAGUCAGAUUACAGGUAUGGGAUACUGCGGGCCAAGAAAGGUUUAGGUCAAUGGCACCAAUGUAUUAUAGAAAUGCCAAUGCAGCACUACUAGUUUUUGACAUAACGCAACCGACUUCAUUUGCAUCAAUAAAAUCAUGGGUUAAAGAAUUGCAAAGGAAUGUAGAGGAACCACUUGUUCUCUGUGUUGUGGGUAAUAAAACCGAUUUGGAAUCUCAAAGGAAAGUUACUAGAGAAGAGGCUGAACAAUACGCAAUCUCUAUAGCUGCAACUUAUUUUGAAUCUUCAGCCUUAAAUGAUUGCGGUAUUGAAGAUGUAUUUUUGUGCUGUGCCAGUGGUAUGAUAACGUUAAGUCAAGACAAAUUAGUAAAGACAUUAAGAGUGACACCUUUGAAUCAAGAGAGAGAAGGGAGUCGUACUCACCUACACCAAGUACCAACGAACGAAAAGCCACCUUUAUGUUGCUGAAUGUUAUAAAUUAUUUUAUAUCUGUUAAGAUCUUAUUAGCGCUUAAUACUGCUAUGAUACCUGAACAAUUCAUGACAUUAAACUUAAGUGUUGUGUAUUUCUUUAUCAGAUAGUUUAAAUUAUCAUUAUUGUAUGUAUUAAUGAUAACCAAAUGAAAUUAAUUUUAGAUAUGAAUGUAAAUUGUAUACAAAUAUUAAUUAAUGUAAUUAAUAUAAAUGUGAUAAUCUAAAUUAU